AUGAAGCAGGCAACAGGUCAUGCCAAGGUGGAGUACUUCAAUUCCAAGCAUGGCCCAGCCACCUCGGCACAUAACGCUUUUGCUAAUCCUCCACCUACUUCAGUAUCCAGCCCAGCCCCACCUCAACAUUCUACUCCCACCCCAAGUACCCAGGGUACCCCACACCCAAAAAGGAAGGAUAGAUAUCAGCAUACCUUCAGCAAUAGCAAGCGUGGCAGACAUGACAACCACCACCAGUCUAGUGGAAGCAACCUUCCCAGGAUAAGUGAUCGAGCGCCACUCCCCUUCACACCCAAGCCUAGGUUCGAGGUCUUCACUACACUCAACACCACGUACGAGAAUGUCCUGGUGCACGAGGCACCUAUCAUACCCAAGCCUCAUCCUCGGAAACCAAGCAGUAAACCUAUGCCCAAUACGGGUGUCUUCUGUCACUUUCAUCAGUUCGGUGACCACGAUACCAAAUCUUGCGUUGCUUUGCGCAACAUCAUUGAAGGCCUCAUCUGUGAGGGCAAGCUGGACAAAUAUGUGCAUCAUCUCCCACCCCUUCCACCUAACCCUUACCAACGGCAAAUCAACAUGAUAUCAACCAUCAGUAGUGGCCCUAUCAUGGUUGGAGCCUCCAACAACUCCAUCAAACAUUAUGUCCGCUCCACCUAUGAGCACCAAGUCUUCAGCACUGAGCAGGGACGCCUGCCGAAGACACAAAAAUCAGGCGGGGCUCCAAUUACCUUUUGUGAGGAAGAAGAGUGUGGUGUCAUUCUCCCCCAUGAUGACCCAAUCAUUAUUUACGCCGACAUUUCUAACUUCGAUGUUGGAUAUAUCUUGGUGGACACUGGCAACUCGGUCAUUGUGAUGUUUGCUGAUGCUUUCAACGAGCUCCAGAUCCCAUCUCACUUGCUUGACCGAAGCAUCACACCCCUAGUGAGCUUCUCCGGUGAUGUUGUCCAGCUCAUUGGAAGCAUCCAUCUCCCUAUCUCUAUUGGAGCAACACCCCAGCGGGCGACAGUCACCACUCCCUUCCUCAUUAUUGACAGCCCAACAGCCUACAACGUCAUACUUGGUGCCCGAAGCUGCUAUGCUUUAGCAGUCAAAUCCACCAAUCCCCAGCCUAGGGGUGAGGCCCUCGCAAUAACUAGUAACUCAGGCCCCAGCCCCUCCUCAAGCUGGCACUGA